UGUCUGGUCAUUUGUACGUUACACAUUGCUGCAAGAGCUUUCAAUCUAGAAAUACUAAUUGCUAAUUGUUUCCCCCGAUGAUCACAAUUAGUUACCAUAUAAGUAGAACUGUGUUUGAGACUUUGCACUGUUCAAAUAUGGAGCAGGAUAGACUCGUAGGGAGAGGAAACCUUCAUCGGAGAGGUGGUGGUGCUCCUCGACAGAGAGGUGGUCUUCAGAGAAAUGUAGGCAGAAGACAACGCACCAUCAUCUCUAAUGAAGUCCGGGCCAUCAUUGUUGACCAUGUGGUUAACAGAGGCUUUACCAUGGCUGAGGCUGCCAGGGUGGUACAGCCUAAUUUACAAAGGUCAACUGUCAGCUCUAUCAUCAGAACUUUUCGCCAAGAAAACCGAAUUAACAGGAGACAACCUGGUGGUGGUCGCCCACGUGUUUUGACUGACCAGCAGGAGUUGGCUGUGGUGGAAAUGGUCAGGGCAAGGAAUGACAUACGGCUGUCUGAAAUCAAACAGGCUAUUGAGAACAGCAAUGACACCUUUGCCAAUAUGCCAUCAAUUAGCCUUCCAACGAUUGCCCGGCUUUUGAAGAAGCACCAGGUUUCCAUGAAACAAAUUUACUUGGUUCCUUUUGAGAGGAACAAUGUCCGGGUGAAACAACUGCAUUCAGAAUAUAUUCAGGUACAACACUAAACUGGCAUGCAAUUACUGUAACAGUACUGACAACUAUUAGUUGUAAAAAAAACUAACUAAAUUAU